CUGCGCGGCGCUGACAGACAGACCAGCUAUUGUUAGCCGCGCGGACAGGAGCAGCCAGCAGGUUGUGUCAGAGUUUAUCCUGCACUCACCACAACCUACCUGUUGAAUAUUCACGCCGUGUAUUUCGCAGGCGAGGUCCGAGCCUGUGUCGAUGAAUAAAUCUAAGCCGUGAGGCAGGUUGAUGAAGAGGAAAAGUCCGUCGCGGAAGGAAGGAAGGAAGGAAGAAAGACGUUGAAGAAAAGCUCGGACGAAAGAAGGAAGUAAAUAAGGAGAACGCGACCGUUGGGUUUGGGACUCAACAGGUUGGCUGCUUCAAUGUUCUAACCGCGGCUCGGAAUUUUUAAAACUCCUAACUAAACGUCGAAAAAAAACUCCCACAACGUAAACAACAACGAAAAAUGCCGUUGGGACCAUGGAGGAAGAAAAACAAAUCGAAGGAGCAUUUGGUGGACAACGAGGAGGUCGGCGGCGGACACGCAGGUUCCGCGGGCAGCUUUGCUAAGUCCGGCUCGAACGGAGCGGGACUGCCGCCUCCGCCCGCCAACCUGCGGCCCAAAUUGGUCUUCCACACGCAGCUGGCACACGGAAGCCCCACCGGCCGGAUCGAGGGAUUCGCCAAUGUGAAGGAGUUAUACGGGAAGAUCGCAGAAGCGUUUAAUAUAAGUCCACCUGAGAUUUUAUUCUGCACCCUCAACACCCACAAGAUCGACAUGGAGAAGCUGCUGGGGGGCCAGAUCGGCCUGGAGGAUUUUAUCUUCGCCCACAUCCGAGGGAUCAAGAAGGAGGUGGAGGUUUAUAAGUAUGAAGAUGCUCUGGGCCUCACGAUCACAGACAAUGGGGCCGGAUAUGCGUUCAUAAAGCGCAUCAAAGAGGGCAGCGUGGUGGACGGCGUGAAGGUGAUCUCCGUGGGCGACCACGUAGAGUGCAUAAACGGGCAGAACAUCGUGGGCACGCGGCAUUAUGAGGUGGCCCGCAUGCUGAAAGAGCUUCCCAGAGACAAGUCCUUCACCCUCAAGCUGGUGGAGCCAAUGAAGGCCUUUGAAAUGCUCGAGCCAAGGUCAAAGGGCGCUAAACCCGCCAGUGAGAACAAGAUCGGCACAGGGAGGGGGACUCUGAGGCUUCGCUCCAAGGGCCCAGCUACUGUAGAGGAGGAGCCAACAGAGUUUGAGGAGAAGGCGGUAAAGAAAGUGGACGACCUUCUAGAGAGCUACAUGGGCAUCCGAGACACUGAACUAGCCUCCACGAUGGUUGAGGUCGGCCGUGACAAGAAGAACCCGGAUGAAUUUGCCAUGGCGUUGGACGAGACCCUCGGAGACUUUGCCUUUCCCGAUGAGUUCGUCUUUGACGUCUGGGGCGCCAUUGGAGACGCCAAGCAGGGAAGAUUCUAAGUUUGCUCCUGUCUCCUCCACACUCCCACACUACCUCCCUCAUCUCCUUUUUAAUAUCCUCGGAAGCAAACUGGACCAACGUCAACCAGCACAAAUAGGGGUGGAAGUGUUCAUCAUCACUAUGAUGGCGUGUAAAGAUAUCCACGAAAGGCAACGUUUCCUCCUGCCUGAUGAACAGCUGGUCAAUAAUUCAUAUUCCCUGGUGGUCUAAUACACUGGUUAUGAAAUAUUACAUGCGCACCUUAAAUUUGAAAACUAUCCGUUUCAAUCACUUCCUUAGCUGUGUCAUUUUGAGCAUACAGAUGUGUCGCAGUUUUAUAGAUUAUUUUUUUUAUAUGUGAAUGAUUUUUAUAGCAGCAGCUAUGUGUAAUUAGUGUACUCUUGAUUCUUUUUAAAUAUUUUAAAUGACCUUGCAUUGAAGAAAUGUCAAGACUUGGGCCAUGUUUACUUUUCUUAAAAUUCUUUGUGCACUUAACACAUCAGCUUAAGCCCUUUUAUCGAGAGACGCAGCAAUACAGAACAGUGGUUUGUGUCUUUAAAUGCCUUUAGCCAAGUUCAGAGAGGCAGCAUUCCUCUUUCCAUGUUUAGUCUGUUGGCAUGUCCUGAAAUUAUUUUUUUCCUGCAAUUUCUUAAAAUCAGAUGCUGCAACACAUUUAUACACCAAUACAUUGUAAGAAAGAUUGUACUUUCCUAAAUAGGCCAUUUAAGGCUGUCUGGAAUGGAGUUAAUCGCAAGCAUGUCUUAAGUGAAUGCAAAUGCACUAUUUAAAUAGUUAAAUGAUAGUGUCUGCUGUUUGACAUACCAUAAGGGAUCACUAUUGUUGGCUAGACAAUAAAACUUGAUAUACGGUUA